AUAAUUGAUAUGUUAUUAUUGUUUUUAUAGUUUUUCACUUGGUAGGGAGUUUAUGCACAUUUUUAGUUUGACCACAUGUUACUGGUUAGCUAUGUUGGAUGUCCGCUAGCAAUAUAGUUUUGUUUUACUCGUGCAGAACCUGCUGUACAAAUCACAAAUAUACCUUUGAAAGAGAACAAUGUGUUUGUCCUGUCUUUCAGGUAUGCUGCUCCGAAAUGUAAAUGUAAUGUUAUCAUUGUAUUAUUUGUAUAUGUGAUGUGUAUAUACUAGCAGAACUAGUUGACGUGACCUGUGAUCCUGCUGUACAAAUCACAAAUAUACCUUUGAAAGGGACCAAUGUGUUUGUCCUGUCAUUCAGUCCUUUAGACCCAAUCACAACCGUUAUACCUGCGCAAAUAUUCAAAUUAGCCAUGUGCGCCAAACAGAAGAUAGACGCAAUGUAAAUACUUGAUUGUUGUGCACUGUUGUGUUUAGCCGACUGCAUGGUUAGUUGUGGUCUUGAAAACAGCCUAGCCUUGCAGUUGGAGUAGUUGGAGUGAUUGUGUGAUUGUGCGAGAGAGAGCGCGCCUGCCUUGGUUGUGUUUGGCUUGUUGUGGGCUUUGUGUAUGUGUUCAAUGAUGUAUCUGUCUGAUCGUAUGAGCUGUUGAUGGAUGGUUAAAUAAUGUCACAAGAUCGGACAUACUGCAGGCUCUCAUUUGCAAGUGCACUGAUUGUGUGCCCGUCUCUGAUAUGCUAUAUACCUGGCAUUUAUUCAGUUCAUUGCUCUUCUGAGUGCGCCAGAAUGGGGCCAAUUAUUGUCAUGUUUGCCUCUCCCUGUUAUAAAAUAACGUGGAUCCCAACAACUUAAGCCGAUGCAGGCUCCUAUGUCAGUUUUGCUUUAUGAGUGUGCUUUAAUUGUGUGUGUGUGUGUGUGUGUGUGUGUGUGUGUGUGUGUGUGUGUGUGUGUGUGUGUGUGUGUGUGUGUGUGUGUGUGUGUGUGUGUGUGUGUGUGUGUGUGUGUGUGUGUUGUCAUGUAGGCUAUAGAUAUAGACUGAUUGUCUUGGCUUGCAUCCCUGAAAUAUUGUAAUGUUAUGGCCUAGGCCUACUGCAUAUUGAGAACAUUUAGAUUGAUGUUGCGCAACAAUCUGGGGAUGAGGACAUCCCGAAUAUUGACGGGUAUUUCGCACACUGCGAUCUCAAUAUAUAGCCUAUAUAAAAAUAUAACACUGUACUCGACACAAAUGAAAGUAACGUUGUUUACUUUUAAUUGUACCGCAAUGCAUUUUUUUUUAAGUCUAUUGUUUAUCUUUUUUGUAUUGUAGUUUAAGCACAGUUACAGUCUCCAAGGUGUUUAAUUAUUCAUCCGUCAUCUGCUGUACACAUCUGUACUGUAGUGAGGGCAGUGUUAUGUUGGGGUUCAUAUUGAUGGUCUAUGACGUCCAUAAUGCUUUAGUGUGACGCAGUCACAAUGAUCUUCUCUCUCAAUAAACAGCUAAAGUUCAAAAGGCAAAUGAAGUGAUGGAUGAGUUGUGUUUGUGUCCAGGUCUCCAGUCUACUAUGGAUGAGGAGAGAGAGGAGGAGGGUCCUACCUCUAAGACCACUCUAUCUGGGGAACAUGGCCGCCGGAGCAAAGCUAAGAGCUCAGAGCAGCAGCAGAGAGCAGACUCCCCUGGACCCAGCUGUGUCUCCAUGAAGAGUGACUGGUCUAUGCUCCUACCUCCUGUUUUUAAAGAUGGACGCCCCUCCAAAGAGGAGAGCCCAGAGCAGCAGCAGAGAGCAGACUCCCCUGGACCCAGCUGUGUCUCCAUGAAGAGUGACUGCUCUAUGGGUCAACCUGAUAACUUUAAAGAUGGACGCCCCUCCAGAGAGGAGAGAAGGAGGCAGCAGAGAGCAGACUCCCCUGGACCCAGCUGUGUCUCCAUGAAGAGUGACCGCUCUAUGGAUCAUCCUCCUGUCUUUAAAGAUGGACGCCCCUCCAGAGAGGAGAGGCCACACCAGAAGAGUUCAAAUGUUACCAGGUCUGUACAGAAGAAUCAAACAGAGCUGAUCAAGAGGGCUGAGGAGAACGCACACGCUUUCCUCGACAAGGAGCUGAAGAAGCUCUGGAGGGUCGUCUUCUCAGAUUACCCACAAUGCUCAGAGGGUCAGAGAGUGGAGGAGGAGGAGGUGGAUGGUAAGAAGGAGGAGCAGAGGAGGCGCGCCAUAGAGGGAGUGGUGGACAUCACAAAGCUCUGCCUGAUGGAGAUGAACCAGAAGGGACUGGCCGACAAACUGUUGAGCGGAUCUGAUGCUGUCGAUUGCCAACAUAAAAUCAAGUCUAAUUUGAAGAAGAAGUUCAAGUGUGUGUUUGAGGGAAUGGCUAAAGCAGGAAAACGAACAGAUCUGAACGACUUCUACACAGAGAUCUUCAUCACAGAGAGAGGCAGUGGAGAGGUCAACAAGGAACAUGAGGUCAGACUGAUUGAAACCGCUUCCAGGAAACCAGCCAAGGAAGAAACACCAAUCAGAUGUGAAGACAUCUUUAAACCCUUACCUGGACAAGAUCAACCAAUCAGAACAAUGAUGACAACUGGAGUGGCCGGCAUUGGUAAAACCGUCUUAACACACAAGUUCACUUUGGACUGGGCUGAGGGCAAAACCAACCAGGACAUACACUUCACAUUUCUCCUAACUUUCAGAGAGCUGAAUUUACUGAAAGGGAAAGAGUUUAGCUUGGUGGAACUUCUUCAUCACCUCUUUAUUGAGACCAAAGAAGCAGGAAUCUGCAGAUUCCACCGGUUCCAAGUUGUCUUCAUCUUGGAUGGUCUGGAUGAGUGUCGACUUCCUCUGGACUUCCAGAGAAACCCGAUCUGGACUGAUGUCACAAAGUCCACCUCGGUGGACGUGCUGCUGACCAACCUCAUCAGGGGCGACCUGCUUCCCUUCGCUCGCAUUUGGAUAACCACACGCCCUGCAGCAGCCAAUCAGAUCCCUGCUGAGUGUGUUGACAUGGUGACAGAGGUGAGGGGGUUCACCGACCAACAGAAGGAGGAGUACUUCAGGCAGAGAUUCAGAGAGGAGAAGCUGGCCAGCACAAUCAUCUCCCACGUCAAGAAAUCACGAAGCCUCCACAUCAUGUGUCACAUCCCAGUCUUCUGUUGGAUCACUGCUUCAGUUCUGGAGGACAUCUUCAAAAAAUCCCAGAUCGAAGAGAUGCCCAAGACCGUGACUCAGAUGUACAGCCACUUCCUGAGGGUCCUGUCCAUACAGGGGGACAGGAAGUACCAUGGGAGGGCUGAAACAGAUCCAGACUGGAGCUCAGAGAGCAGGGAUAUCAUUGUUUCUCUGGGAAAACUUGCUUUUAACCAGCUGGAGAGUGGCAACCUGAUCUUCUACGAGGCAGAUAUGGCAGAGUGUGACAUCGAUAUCAGAGCAGCCUCAGUGUACUCAGGAGUGUUCACCCAGAUCUUUAAAGAGGAGUGUGGGCUGUACCAGGACAAGGUGUUCUGCUUUGUCCAUCUGAGCAUCCAGGAGUUUCUGGCUGCCCUUUAUGUCUUCUGGUCCUUUAUCAAUACUGGGGUCAAUCUGCUCUCAACCUCCAGGAAAGAUAAACUCCUCCUCUACCAGAGUGCUGUGGACAAGGCCUUACAGAGUGAGAACGGACACCUGGACUUGUUCCUCCGCUUCCUCCUGGGCCUCUCUCUGGAGACCAAUCAGAUUGUCCUACGAGGUCUGCUGGGACAGAAAAAAAGAUCACUGAUCACUCAGAUUAAAACAGGUCUGCUGCGAAUGACAGGAAGUAGGUCACAGACCAAUGAGGGAACAGUGUCUUACAUCAAGGAGAAGAUAGAAGGAGAUCAAUCUCCAGAGAGAAGCAUCAAUCUGUUCCACUGUCUGAAUGAGCUGAACGACUGUUCUCUAGUGAAGGAGAUCCAGGAGUACCUGACAUCAGGAAGUCUCUCCGGAAAACCUCUCACGCCUGCUCAGUGGUCAGCUCUGGUCUUCAUCUUACUGACAUCAGAAGAGGAGCUGGACGUGUUUGACCUGAAGAAAUACUCUGCUUCAGAAGAUGGUCUUCUGAGGCUGCUGCCAGUGGUCAAAGCCUCCAAAACAUCUCUGCUGCAGGGCUGUGAUCUGUCAGAGAGAUCCUGUGAAGCUCUGGCCUCAGUUCUCAGCUCCAAAUCCUCUAGUCUGAAAGAGCUGGACCUGAGUACCAAUAAUCUGCAGGAUUCAGGAGUGAAGCUGCUCUCUGCUGGACUGGGGAGUCCACACUGUACACUGGAAACCCUCAGGCUGCAGGGCUGUGAUCUGUCAGAGAGAUGCUGUGAAGCUCUGGCCUCAGUUCUUAGGUCCAACUCCUCUAGUCUGAGAGAGCUGGACCUGAGUACCAAUGAUCUGCAGGAUUCAGGAGUGAAGCUGCUCUCUGCUGGACUGGGGAGUUCCACACUGUACACUGGAAACUCUCAGGUCAGUUUUACUCAAUGGUCAAACAGUAACACCACAAGUUCCACAUCAGAGGACGGUUAUAUAACUCAGCUUAUACAACGGGGGGCCUAAAUCCAGCGAUCUGAUUGGUUCCUAACUGUUGUAUAAUGAGCGUAUACAUAACUGCUAUGACGCCCAAUCAUUUUGUAAAAGUUUGCAUAUCACUCCGCGCCUGGAAGUAGAAACAGUUACAAAGUAAAAAAUAUAUUGAACGAUGGAGAGGGUGUAAAUGUUGUUACUCCGGGAGUGAGCAAGGCGAGGGAGAGACUAACGAAAGCUAAGGCACACGGUGAGUGAACUGCUCCAUCAGAUAAAUUGCCGGCGAACCGCUCUAGCCGAGCCUUCUCUCGGAGGAACGCUAAAGUGUGUUGCAUAGCGACCGUCGUGCAUUUUGAAGGCAGCCAGG